GCCAGUUUAGUCGCCUAUGGAGCGUGUAUAUACAUACGCACGACAGAUAAUAGUGACGUUUGCACGUCGCAUUUAUUGUGUGCAAAAUCUAAAGUUUCGCCUUUAAAAGUUAUAUCGCUCCCGCGAUUGGAACUAUGCGCGGCCUUAAUCUUAGUAAGGCUGUACAACAAAGUAAUACCGAAAUUAGGUAUAAAAAUACAACGUCGUUAUUUUUGGUCGGAUUCUUCAAUCGUCAUAGCUUGGAUAACUUCACCCUCUACGCGUUUGCUAACAUUUGUUGCGCACAGAGUGGGUGAAAUUCACGACCUUAGUUCAGUAAAUGAAUGGCACCAUGUUGAAACAAAGGACAAUCCCGCGGAUAUUAUUUCGCGAGGAUGCAGUGCAAAAGAAAUCAUAAAUAGCUCGAUAUGAUGGCACGGACCAAGCUGGUUAACCAACGAUCAGAAAAGUUGGCCAAAGACUGUUUGCGAGUUAAGAUAUACCGAAAUACCGGAAGAGAAGAGUACACAGAAAACUGCUGCAUUUGUAGCACAACCGGAAAUAAACGAACAAAUAUUAAGCAAGUAUUCAUCGUGGAAAAGAUUAUUACGUAUUUUCUGUUAUUGUUUGCGUUUUAUAAAAAUUCGAAUAAAAAAAAUGAAAGUGGUUGGUCCAAUAUUAUCCGAUGAAUUAAAAGAAGCUAAAAUAAUUAUAAUUAAAAUAACUCAAGCGUCCCAUUGGUCCAGUGAAAUAAAGGAUUUAAAUAAAAAUGGUACUUUAACGGUUAAAAGUAAAUUACAUAAUUUACAACCCUUUUUGGAAGACGGAAUUAUACGAGUUGGCGGUCGCAUAAAAAAUGACAGCGACACCCUAUUUUAAUACCUAAGGGUAGUACAAUUGCUAAAUUAAUAUUGCUCAACGAACACGAAUUACUUUUACACGCGGGCCCACAAGCGAUGUUGGCGAACAGUCGAUUAAAGUAUUGGAUAAUUGGAGGCCGAAAUAUCGCUCGGCAUGUAUUUCACAAAUGUGUAAAAUGUUUUAGACUUCGACCAACAAUAGUUGAACCUAUAAUGGCAGAUUUACCAACCGAACGAUUGGAGCCAAAUCGACCGUUUAAAAAGUGUGGUGUAGACUACGCCGAUCCUAUUUCUAUAAAAACAAGUUUAAGAAGAAAUGCGGUUGUGCUAAAGGGAUAUAUAUGUGUAUUUGUAUACUUUAGUACCCGGGCUGUCCAUAUCAAGUUAGUUGCUGAUUUGACUACUGAAGCCUUUUUAAAUGCUUUAAAACGGUAUAUAGGACGCCGCGGUGUAUGUUCCGAUAUAUUUAGCGACAAUGCUACCAAUUUUGUGGGGGCUAACAAUAGGUUACUGGAACUAAAAAAAAUGUUUCAUUCUGAAGAGCAUUUAACCAAAAUGUACGAUGCUUUAGCAACGGAGGGUAUAAGGUGGCAUUUCAUACCCCCCCGAUCCCCUCAUUUUGGCGGGUUGUGGGAAGCCUCUAUUAAAUCUAUUAAAAAUCAUUUAUACCGAGUUUUAGGUACGACUAAUCUAACUUAUGACGAAUUGAAUACUAUCCUAAUUAGAAUAGAGGCAGUCCUUAAUUCUAGACCUUUAACUCCCUGUUCCUCUGAUCCUACUGAUACUACACCAUUAACGCCUGCUCACUUUUUAAUUGGUGAGCCAACAUGUUCUUUACCCGAACCAGAUUUAACGGGGGUACCGGACAAUCGCUUAAAACGUUGGCAGCGAGUAACUCGGUUAACUCAAACACUAUGGCAACGCUGGAAUAAAGAGUAUUUGUCGCAGCUCCAAACCAGGCGAAAGUGGCUGGACAACAAGGGUCCUAAGUUAAAAGUUGGUACUGUGGUGUUGGUGAAAGAAGACGAUACCCUCCCGAUGUCUUGGUCCAUGGGUCGAGUUGUUCGUGUCCAGGCUGGUGACGACGAUGUCAUUCGGGUAGCUACUAUAUUAGUAAAAGGUAAAGAAGUAUCUAGAGCAGUUCGUAAACUUUGUCCUCUUCCUUUUGAGGGAAAUAGCCCAUAAAAUAAUAAAAA